AUGGGGUCUGAGUGGAGUGCGAAAAUGGAAGGAAGCCAUAUGACUACAAGACCUGUGUCAGGAAAUCUCAUCGAAGGCGGCCAAACUCCUUUUUUUGCAUCUAAUACCAGUAAUAGACCGCCUUGGCCAGGUCCAUGUAGUGUCUCCAGCACCAAGGACAUCUUGUGGGUAUUGUCUAUACCCUACCUUUCCAUUACAAACCCAGUUUGCUUUUGGUUUGACCCUUAAGUUGUCGUGCCCCUCAGCUCAGCCUCUUUGCCUCCACACUGGCAAGGGAACCAUUAAGGAAGAAAAUAUUUUUUUAGUGGUUGAACUUGAUAGACUUUAGUCUUUUUUCCACCUAGACAACUAUGUAACUAGGUAAGUUUCCCUGGGCAGUGGUGACAGAUUGAGAGAAUCAGCUGAUACUCUCAGUCUACUUCUGGCUUACUAUUGAGAAGAAUGCUUUAGAACGUUACAUACCUGAUGCUAUCAGUCUAUCACCAGCACCCAAGGAAAUGUUAUAAUAAUGAUUUUUCUUUUUUAACAUGUGGUCAGUUCUUUAUUGGGGAAGAGGGGUAUUUUCCCUAUGUCCAAUAUCACUUUUAUGUGUCAUUUGUGAUUUUUGAAAAAAAACAAAAAACUGAUAGAGAUAAUAAAUGUGAAAUUAUUUCUCUCCCGAUAUCUAAACAGAAUACAAAAUAAAUUGGAUGCCUGAAGAGGAUAACUCCAGAAGUGAAAUAUUGUGGACUAUUUUUCAACAUAAAAAGGUUGCAAUUUCACUUGCUAUAACACAGCAGUUCCCAUUUCUUCAUGGAUUGCGAGAUUUAGGUUUUCUAUCUGAGGAUGAAUCAUUGGUGAGUGUUAUUCUUAUUAUUAAAAAAUAUUAUUAAUGCGUACUUAGAAAUGGUUGAAUUAGUCCUUAGUUCCUUUAUGGGCUCUUUUAAUUGUUCACUAAGCUUUUCUACUAUCUUGUUAUUGUUGCAUGUGUCUGAAUGGUACAAAUACGUUGCAUAGAGAAUAACUUUGUAAGGUGUUCCAUAUUUAUUAAGCUGGAUAAUGAUAAUUUAUGAUUAGUCUCUUAACACAAUAUUCAAAGCAGCUUUAUUUGAUCAGGAGGAUUAAAGACAACAUUUUGGUCUCACUAUAAGACCUUUGUCAAGUCUUGAUAAAGUGACUUGACAAGUAUCUCAUAAUGAGACCGAAACGUUGUCUUUAAUGCUCCUGAUCUAAUUAACUGCUGAAAUGAAGUUGUUGUUUUCCUGUUUUGGAUUUAUUGGAGAUGACUUUGGGGAGCUUGCCAUUUCCUUAUCUGAGUGCACCAACUGUUAUUUCAGGCUGAGUGUGGUCCCUUUCUACUGUGUGAAUUAAUUUCUUAAAAUACACUGAUUCAUUCUAGAAUGUUGUACUUUGUGUGCAAAAAUAUCGACUGACAAUCUGGUUUACAAAAUCAGCAUCUAGCUUUUCAGGAAUUCAGUCUUGUGAAUCCGAACUUGAAAUCCAUUAACAUAGUAAAAGUGUGAUAUAACCACUGGAUAAAGUAACUGGAUUUCUGCCGGAUCUUUGUUAUCAAUGACAUCUAGCAAAAGAACAAUAAAAAUCUUCUUAAUAUUUUUGUAUGAAAUACUAAAACACAGCUAGGGGAGUUUCUUCAGCACCUCCCCUCCCUUUUACCCACCCACCUUAGUUUUAGACCAAUCCAGUAACCAGAACCUGCUCUGCAUUAUCGCACUGAUCAGACUCCCUCUCUUCUCCCCCUAUCAGGAUGUUGCAAGGUGAAGAGAUCUUCCAACUGCACAUGUGUUAAUCUGUCAGGCAUGCCCACUGCACUUUUCCAGCAUUCCUAGGGAUAGGACUCUGAUUGGUUAGACCAGUGUCUCCCCCGGAGUGAGCGUGGAAAACACAAGAAAGCAGAAGCAGUUAAAUGGGAAAAAACAACAUAUUUACAUGCUUGUUUCAGCCUGCACAUUGAGGCAACUAUUGAAGUUUAAAAGAUUGAAUUAGACAGUUGUCUCAAAUGGACGUAUGUCCCUUCAACAUUAUAUACCAGUGUAUACUUAUACACUUAUACUUUAUAUAAGAGUGUCAUUAGUGGAAUAUUCAACAAGCUGUUAUGCUGCUAAACUGGAAUGUAGGUAAAGUGUGAUACACUUUACACUAAAUAUUGUACUUUAUUACACUUGUGAAGGCUAGUGCACAGUAAUAUUAGUACUGUAAUGAUUUUUGUAUAUUGAGCACACUUGUUCAUUGUGAGGAUUUUUAACACUUUUUGAAGAUUUUUAACACUUUUUAAAAUAUUUAAUUUUGUCACUAAUUUUGAAGGAAAGGUGCACCUUUUUUGUUUUUUAAUGUCAUAUUGCCGCUCUCUGUCUCUUACACUGUGCUGUUGUGCAAGCUGGAAUACAUGGCAACUAAGGUAAAACUGCCUGGGGGAAUUAAAGGGUAGUGGCAGGGCAUACAUAGUGCUAGUUGCUGUGGAGUGAAAAGGUUGGGGCUACGUGAUUGUGUCUCUGGCUGUAUGUCAGUUUAACAGUCAAUAUGUAUCUCUUGUGUGUGAGUAUGUAUAUCUGGCUGUGUGUGUGUAUGUGUCUGCCUGUAUGUCAAUGUCUAUAUAUUGUGUAUGUGUGUGUGUAUGUCUGACUGUGUGUGUCUGGAUGCAUGUCAGUUUGACAUUGUAUGUGUAUCCAUUGUUUGUGAGUAUGUAUGUCUGACUCUGUGUCAAUUUAACAUUGCAUAUCUAUCUAUUGUGAGUGUGUAUGUAUGGCUGUGUGUGUGUCUGGCUGUAUGCCAGUUUGACAAUGUAUGUGUAUGUAUUAUGCAAGAAUGUGUGUUUGAAAGUUUAUGUUUGUAUAUCUGUGUGUGGCAAGGAGUGUGUAUGUAGGUAAGGGGGCCUGAGAUUUCUGAUGGCAGCUCUGUUUACAAAAUAUUCCAGUAUAAUGUGUUUUGGUAUUUGUGUAUGUCUGUAUUUAAGUAAAAACUAUUAUAAAAUCACUCUGUUUUUGCCUUUACUCUAUGUUGUUGUUCCAUGUGAUCACUUGAAAUACCCUUUUUAAAUACUGAAUAGAGCUAACUCAAGUUAUUCUGUCUCACGUAUAAAAGUAUUCGUUGUUUAUAAUUUUAUUGAAAUUUUUAAUAUACAAUAUAUUUCAUGUUAAAAAGUAGCAUAUUUCAUUCAGUCAUGUACAUGCAUUAAUAAAAUGGUGCGCACAAGAUGCUUACAUUGUGCACAUAAUAUACUUACACCAUGCACUCACUGUGUACUGUGCCCAUAAACUACUUACAUAGGUUCUUAAAAUCAGGUACAUGCAUGACGCAUGAAGUACUGCCCAUUAGCCCUAUAAUAAACAAUUCAGACCAGUUCAGAGAACUUUCACUAUUACACAAAGAAGAAUCAGAGGAUACCCAUCGGAUCAAUUGUCAAUCACCUGUCCAUAAACUUACCUCCCCCACUGUCUUGUAUUUGUGUAUCAAUAGCCACUAGACUAUAGAACCAGGAAAUGUGGAGUCCUCUAGUAAUUUUAGUCCUUUAGGGCUAGAUAAGAGGGCAUCCCAUGUCAUUUUAGGUGUUUUAUAGCUAGAGGACGUAUUAUCCUCUGCCCAAUAAAUGUUUUAAGGUCAGAGUACUGGUCCUUCUUUUUGCGUACGAGGUGUUAGUUUACCCUGCAUGAUCUGACCUCAAACAUUCACCCCUAGGCCCAAGGGAGAGGGAUGAGGGGGUCCUAAUCGCCAGGCCUCCUCUGGUUAAUAGACCUCAACAUGUUUUUAUUUCACAGAUUUGUUACUGUUAUAGAUACAAACAAAGACACUGUUUUGUUGUUUUCAACAUUAUUUACAGUGUUACACUAUAUUUUCCUCCAGCAUAGAGCAUGCUCCACACUGGGAAAAUAUUUACAUUUAGAAUUUAACCUGCGAGUUGUGUUGGUAAAUAUCACAGAUCUAUUUACCAACAUCCUCCUGUAAUUCCACAUAGCAGCUAUGCCAGUUUCACCACUAUCUAGUAAAUCAAAAUGUUAGUGCAUAUUAAUGUUUGUAAUACAAACAUUAAGCCUAUGGUCACUGCACUGAGCAAAUUAAAAUUUAAGGUUUUAUUUUUUUUUUAUUUUUUUUUUGCGGCCCACAUAAACUUAAACCUUGUUUAUGUGGCCCGAUCCAGACUUUGAGUUUAACAUGCUUAAUCUGGAGGAUUACCAUAUCAGGUUACAGUGCUGACUGUCUUGAGUCAUUUUUUGCAUUACUAUAUGCAUCUAUUGUUUGUGGAUUAUCCUGAUUUUAUUCUUUAGCUCAUUAAAGUUUUCAAGGAAGCACUUUUCUUUUCUAUUAACUUUUAGGCUAGUUUUUAGUAUUUAGUGUGUGUUUGGUACAGUAUUGCUUUUUGAUUAUUAUAUUUACUGUUUAUAGUAAAUAAUAUUGUAAUGCCAUAAUGGUCACGCUGCUGUGUGUUAUCCAUACACAUAGCACUAGUGUGUAUCCCUAGCUCUAUCCCUAUGGUACAUAUUGUGGACUGAACUUUAUCAUUUACAUUUUAUUAUUUUUUUGUGGACUUAUUUUGUACUAUUUCACUUGACAUUUGGGGACCUACGGAGUAUAGUGAUUGUGGACUUUUUACUAUCACUAUCUCUCAAUGAUCGUGGAUUUGAUAUUUACUGGAUAUUUCCCUUGGCCUUUUUAGUCCCGUACUUUAUGAUCAUUUUUUAUUUAUGUAUUUAUAUCUGAAUUGCUGGUUAUUAUAGCUCCUGGAAUUGUAGCUUGUAGCUCCUGGAAUUUCAUUUCCAUCUUAUUUUUAUAAGUGAGAUCUGUAUUUUUAUGUACUUAUCUCUCGACGUCUGUAAAGCACCGUUAUCCAAAUAUAGUACACUUUUUUUCCUUUUUGGUAAUUUUAAAGUUUUUUUUUUUUUUUUGUGGAAUCUGCAUCUAUUAUUUUUUUUCUUGGGGGUUUGCAUGCAGAGGAAACUAAAUUGUAUUCUAGGGGGACUUUACAGAGCCCAUAGUGAAGGAUCAUAAGGUACAGAAAGCCUUUUACCACGUCAAAACUAUAACUAGGAAGUUGGACGUGUGAGAAAAUCAAAGUAAGAAAAGUAACACAUAGGCAAUAUUAGUACUGAAGUUUAUUUUGUAAACAAAAUGAAAAAACUAAACAAAAAAAUUAUAUAUGUAAAUUAACAUCAAUUGUCUUUUUCAUAGAUGCUGCAAGCAGAUGAGAGGUCCAUUCACCGUGUGGUGUAUGAAAGUCUGUGCUGGAUUGAGGAGAAGAAAAUAGACAUUAAAACCUUUUUUGAUUACACUUUUCAGAAAUGCUUCCUGGACUUAUAUCGCAAGCUAAAUGACAUCUCACAACGUAAGUUGCAAUGUCUUAAGGUCUUAAGGUGUAGUACUUUCAAUGAGAAUAUUAACCAAUUUGAGAAAGUAAUUUGAAAAUCUUGUAUUGAAUAUGGUUUAAAGUGUACACUUGAUAAGCAUGCUACAAAGCAAGACAUACAAAACAUUUUUUAAAUGGUUCAGCAUUUUUGUAUCACUAUAUUAUCAUUCACAUUUUUGCCUAUUGUUAUUGCUGCCAUUUAUAUAGAGCCAACAGAUUCCAUAGCGCUUUACAAUAUUAGGAGAGGGGGGGUUUAACUAUAAAUAGGACAUUCACAAGAAAACUAACAGGAACAAUAGGUUGAAGAGGACCCUGCUCAAACGAGCUUACAGUCUAUAGGAGGUGGGGUGUAAAACUUUAAUGAGUUAACACAAGGAAAUAGACUAACGAUUUAAAUUACUAAACAUGUAUCUGGUUGCUCUUUUUUUGGAAUUUAGUUUUCUGAAUUGUUCUAUAAUAACUGAUGCAAGAGAAAAUAAAAAAAUCUCUAAAUACAGUAACGCAAUGAGAUUUAUAUAUAUAUACCAAAAAUCCUGCACUUCUACUGAACAUGAAAAAAAAUCUUAGUAUUACCCACUGCUCUGCCCCACAUGUAGAUAGAAUUCCAUAAUUACAAGCACUCCAGGAAGAUCCAAAGGAAAUCUUUUCUUUACUGAUCUUCAAAAAGUGAUGCCCAUAAGUAAAAGUCGAUGUUUCAGUUCUGUAUACAAACUUGCGAGGAAAUAAAAACAGACUAAUGAAUAGGUACUAUUUAUAAGGGCUCAAAUGAGACACUCACUUUCACCUGAGUGCUAAAUGGCAUGUUCAGGCAUCCAGGGCUUUAAAAUAAUCAGACCGUCAGCUAAGCUUUAUCCCGAGGUUCUGAAUGCCUGACAAGCAUUACCAUGGAUUAUGCAGAUGAGCAAAGGUAGUGUACCUGGGUGGUAUAGAUAGUAAACACUGAAUUGUCGGACCUCUAGCCAUGGAUAAAUGUUUAAGAGCCAGGCACCACAGAGUUUAGUUCUUCUGUUCAGCUUCCAGCUCUGCCACCUUGUCAUGUCUAUUUUUUUUUUUAAAGUGCAAUAUACAACUGUAAUCAAAAUUAUAUUUGAAAAUCCGGUUUAUUGUUACAAUUUACAGACUUUCAUCUGUUUUCAAUGAACAAAUCCAACAAAAGGAAUUGAAAUAGCUCAACACAAUGAAUGAUUCAAGUAAUUGCCCCAAAUUCACCUUAAAAUACAACUUAUAAUGACUUCUCCAGUCUCAAAAUUAUUCAACCCCUUUAUGGCAAGCGUCUUUAGUACUUAGUAGAGCACCUUUUUGCUGUUAUGACCUGCUGCAAACAAGAUGCAUAGCCAGACACUAGCUUCUGGAAGCGUUCCUGAGGAAUCAUGAACAAUAGCCUCCAGUUCAGUAAUAUUCUUGGGUUUGCAUGCUGCAACCACCUUCUUCAAAUACCACCAGAGAUUUUCUGUGGUGUUCAAGUCAGGUGACUGUGAUGGCCACUGUAGAAUUAUUCAGGACUUCUUCUCAACCAUGCCUUGGUUGAAUUUGAGGUAUGCUUGGGAUCAUUGUCUAGUUGGAAGGUCCAAUGACGCCCAAGCUUCAGCUUCCUCACAGAUGGCAUGAUGUUUUCUCCUAGGAUUUCUUGAUACUUCAAUGAAUCCAUCAUUCCACAUGCUGCAGGUUUCCAGUGCCUGAGGAGACAGGGCAGCCCCCGAGUAUCACCAAGCCACCACCAUACUUAACUGUAGGAAGAGUGUUAUUUUCAGCAUAUCUUCCUUCUUCUUCCUCCAGACAUACCACUGAUCCAUUGGGUCAAAAAGUUUCAGUUUUGUUUUUACCGCUCCACAUAACAGAAUCAAAAAUUUAUGUGGCUUAUUUAUGUGAUUUUGAGCAUAUUGGCUGCUUUUUCUUGUGCUUUUGGGUCAGUGAUGGUAUACAUCUUGUAGUUCUGGCAUAGAAAUCUUCUGCAUUUGAUUUAAGACAUCUUAAGGAAAAACUAGUAUUAAGAGUUCAGAACCCCAAAGCAACUUAGAUCUCUAUCACAGUCUACCUUUUUAUAAUUGUCUAUAUGUAAACAGCUGCAGAUGAGCUAUUCAUGAUGAUGACACAUUCCAAAUGUUUUCAACAACAUUUGUGUCAUUAUUAGUUCACAAAAUGUGGGCCCUUUACCUUAUAUUAUACAUUCACGUUUAGGAGAGCUCAAUCACUUUGGACUUCCAGACCCACCAACUGUAAAGGAGGUGGUGUAGGCAUCGUUCUCUCCCCUCAAUGUACAUUUCAACCAACCUUUCCUGCCCAUGCCCCUGCUCUAUCUUUUUCUCCCUUUGAAGUUCACACUGUCAGCCUAUUUAAACCCACUCUAAGAAUUGUCAUCAUUUAUCAUCUCCCCGGUCAUCAUAGGCUACUCAUUGAACAUGUUUCUUCCAAUUUCCUCUCCUCUAGCACUUCUUGCCUCAUUAUUGGGGACUUUAAUAUCCCAAUCAACAACCCCAACUGCUCUGAUGCCUCUCAUCCUCCAUUGGACUCACACAGUGGUCUAAUUCAGCAACUCAUACAGCAGGUAACACUCUUGACCUCAUCUUCACCAAUCUCUGUACCACCUCUAAUCUCUCCAAUAUCCAAUUUCCUCUAUCUGACCACCAUCUGCUGUCCAUUAACAUUGACAUACCCCGUAACCAAAUUACACCACCCUCACCAUAUCAGUCUCGCAGAAACCUCCAUUUUCUUGACCCACAGUGAUUCUUUACCAACCUCCUUUACAAACCGCACUUCACCCAUCUCUAACCUCACUUGCCGUAACACUGCAACCUCCCUCUACAACUCCACUCUUUCCUUUCAACUAGACAUCAUGCCACCUACUACACUUAAAUGCAGCAAGCGCCCCCAAUUACAACCCUGCAUAGCAAGCUGACCCGAUACCUCCAAAAAUGUUCCAGAAAUGCUGAACUCUGCUGGAAAAAGUCACACUCUGCAUCUGACAAUUUAUGUUGCACUCCUACAGUCUGGCUCUUUACUCUUCAAAAGAAAACUACUUCAAUUCACUCAUAACCACAAUCUCCUGCGAGCCCAAAUGACUGUUUCAUGCUUUUAACUCUCUUCUUCGCCCUGUUGUGCUUCCUCCUCCUACCAACUUGACCGCCACAAACUUUGCAACUCACUUCACUGAGAAGAUCUCUACAAUCUGGUAAGAGAUCUCUCUUCUCUCUCUAUCCCCUACCAACCUUUCCCCUAACCACACUCCCUCAGCUGUCCUAUGCUCAUUUGCACCUGCUACAGCAGAAAAGGUUUCUGCUCUGCUCCAUUCCUCCCGCCCGACCACCUGUUCCCUCGAUCCUAUUCCCUCAUAUCUCAUCUGCACUUUGUCUCCUCUUGCUCUUCCUCUCACUAAAAUUUUCAAUCUCUCCUCUCCUCUGGCACAUUUCCUCUACCCUUCAAAUGUGCAACCGUUACAGUGUCUUGAAAAAGUAUUCACCCUCCUUGGUAUUUUUCGUCUUUUGUUUCCUCACAACCUGGAAUUAACAUGGAUUGGGAUUUGCAUCAUUUAAUUUAUAGAACAUGCCCACAACUUUGAAGAUUUUUUUUUUAUUGUGAAGCAAACAACAAAUAGGACAAAGUAACAGAAAAAGUCAAUGCGCAUAACUAUUCACCCCCCUAAAGUCAAUACUUUGUAGAGCCACCUUUUGCGGCAAUCACAGCUCCAAGUCGCUUUGGAUAAGUCUCUGAGCUUGCCACAUCUUACCACUGGGAUUUUUGCCUAUUCCUCCUUGCAAAACUGCUCCAGCUCCUUUAAGUUGGAUGGUUUGCGCUUAUGAACAUCAAUCUUUAAGUCUGACCACAGAUUUUCUAUUGGAUUGAGGUCUGGGUUUUGACCAGGCCAUUCCAACACAUUUACAUGUUUCCCCUUAAACCACUCAAGUGUUGCUUUAGCAGUGUGUUUGGGGUCAUUGUCCUGCUGGAAGGUGAACCUCCAUCCUAGCCUCAAAUCAUGCACAGAGUGGUACAGGUUUUGCUCAAGAAUAUCCCUGUAUUUAGCACCAUCCAUCUUUCCCUCAACUCUGACCAGUUUCCCAGUCCUGGCUGCUGAAAAACAUCCCCACAGCAUGAUGCUGCCACCACCAUGGUGUUCUUUGGGUGCUGUGUUGGGUUUGUGACGGAAAUAGCAUUUUCUUUGAUGGCCGAAAAGUUCAAUUUUAGUCUCAUCAGACCAGAGCACCUUCCUCCAUACAUUUUGGGAGUCUCCAACAAUCCUUUUCACAAACUCAAAAAGUGCCAUUUUGUUUUAUGCUGAAAGUAAUGGCUUUCUUCUGGCCACUCUGCAAUAAAGCCCAACUCUAUGGAGCGUAUGGCUUAUUGUCGUCCUAUGUACAGAUACUCCAGUCUCUGCUGUGGAACUCUGCAGCGCCUCCAGGGUUACCUAAGGUCUCUGUGCUGCCUCUCUGAUUAAUGCCCUCCUUGCCCGGUCCGUGAGAUUUGCUGUGCGGCUGUCUCUUGGCAGGUUUGCUGUUGUGCCAUGUUCUUUCCAUUUUGUUAUGAUAGAUGUGAUGGUGCUUCUGGGGAUAAUCAAAGAUUUGUAUAUUUUCUUUAUAACCUAACCCUGACUUAUACUUCUCAACAACAUUGUGCCUUACUUGUUUGGAGAGUUACUUGGUCUUCAUGGCAGUGUUUGGUUAGUGGUGCCUCUUGCUUAGGUGUUGCAGCCUCUGGGGCCUUUCAAAAAAGGUGUGUAUAUGUAAUGACAGAUCAAGUGACACUUAGAUUGCACACAGGUGGACAUCAUUUCAUUAAUUAUGUGACUUCUGAAGGUAAUUGGUUACACCAGAGCUUUUUAUUGGCCUUCAUAACAAAGGGGGUGAAUACAUGCGCACAUGCCAAUUUUCUGUUUUCUAUUUCUAAAAAAUAUUUUUAUGUAUAUAUUUUUCUCAUAGGUAAAAAGUCAAGGGGGGUGAAAACUUUUGCAAAGCACUGUACCCCAAUUCUAAAAAAGCCCAACAUUGAUCCCAAUUCCCCAUCAACUACUACCCUAUCUCAUUACUACUACCACUACUACUAUCUCACCAUUUGCCUCCAAGAACCUUGAGAGAAUUGUGUGUGCAAGAUUGACAGACUUUCUCGAAUCCAACUAUCAGCUCGACCAGCUGUAAUCUGGAUUUCGCGCUUGUCACUCUGUUAAAACAGCUGUGACCAAAGUAUCCAAUGAUCUUAUCACUGCAAAAUCCCAUGGCCACUACUCUAUCCUAAUUCUCCUCAACCUUCCUGCUGCUUUUGACACUGUUGAUCAUCAACAGCUUCUUCUCAUCCUUUGUAGUCUACAAGAUACUGAUCUCUCCUGGUGCUCUUCCUACCUCUCCCAACGUCCUUUCAGUGUUUCUUUCUCUGGCUCUGCCUCCUCUCCCCAAUCCCUCUCUGUUGGUGUUCACCAAGGGUAUGUCCUCUGUUGGUGUUCACCUAUUGUUCUCAAUCUACACUGCCUCCCUUGGUAAACUCAUCAGCUCCUUCGGCUUCCAGUAUUAUUUCUAUGCGGAUGACAUGCAAAUGUAUCUGUCCUCCCCUAAAUUUCUCACCACCCCUCUUGACUCGUGUCUCUGAUUGUCUCUCUGCUAUUUUCAACCGGAUGGCUGCUCAUUUCCUUAAACUUAACCUGUCCAAAACAGAAUGUCUGCUUCCCUCCCUGAAGUGUUGCUACUCCCUUGUCUGUUUCCCUCCAAGUCAAUGGUGCUACUAUCCGCUCUAUCUCGCAGGCUCUCUGCCUAGGUGAUCUCUUUGACUCCGACCUCUCCUUCACCUCUCAUUUCAAUCAAUCAUCAAAUCCUGCUGCUUCCAUCUCAAAAACAUAGUGCGCAUCCGACCAUAUUUAACGCCUAAAACGGCUAAGGUCCUUGUCCAUGCCGCUAUCCUCUCUCGCUUUGACUACUGUAAUCUGCUUCUCACUGGUCUUACGUGUUCCCAACUUUCCCCCGUUACAGUCUAUAAUGAAUGCAGCGGCGAGGCUCAUCUUCCUGUCUGCCCGCACCUCCCACACCUCCCCCUCUGUAAGUCCCUACAUUGGCUUCCUGUAAGAUAUAGGACUCAAUUGAAGAUCCUAAAACUUUCUUACAAAUCUCUGCACAAUACUUCUCCGACCUACUUAUCCUCACUAAUACACAAAUAUGUCCUGUCUAGGCUCCUACACUUUGUAAGAGACCUAUGUCUAACCUCUGUUCGUAUUCCUACCUCUAAAGGUUGCCUUAAAGACUUCUCUAGGGCUGCACCAUUCCUGUGGAACACCCUUCCCCUCUCUGUUAGACUUUCACACAGUCUCCACUCCUUCAAAAAGUCUUUGAAAACUAACUUCUUUAGGAGAGCAUAUCAAUUAAACUGUGAACAGCUUUCUCUCCCCACACCCUGAUUCCGCUCCUGAAACUGUCAUCAAAACGAAACACUAAGCCCUCAGUAAAUACUAUCCUAGCAACACACUUAUUUUACCAUACCCUUACCUUUUGUGUCACUAUACCCUACUCCCUCUAGCAUUUAAGCUUAUUGAGCAGGACUCUCAAUCCCUCUGUUCCUGUGUUUCCAACUUGUCUGGUUACAAAUACAUGUCUGUUAGUCCACCCGUUGUACAGCACUGCAGAAUUUGUUGGUGCUUUGGUAAAUAUUACUAUUAGUAAUAAAAAUAUUACUGACAUAUUAAAGUAAUUUCCCCCUUAUUAAAUUCAAUAGCCAAAAUAACUUGAUCAACCAAGUGAAAACACUCUUCAAGAAAUAAUGAAUACUCAAAAAAUUAUCAAACUUAAAGGAUCACUAUAGGGUCAGGAACACAAACAUGUUUUCCUGACCCUAUAGUGUUAAAACCAUUAACUAGCCCACCCCCCCCCGGGCCCAUCAUGCCUCCAUAAAUAUAGUAAAAAUCUUACUGUAUUCAAGCCUGAAGCUGUAACUCAUGCAUGCUGUUUGUCUCAGAAAACAAGCAGUCUGCUGACAUCAUCAGAAGUGGUAGCCUGAUCCAAUCACAGUGCUUCUCCAUAGGAUUGACUGAGACUGACAGGGAGGCAGAUCAGGGGCUGAGCCAGCAUGAUUCAAACACAGCCAUGGCCAAUCAGCAUCUCCUCAUAGAGAUUAAUUUAAUCAAUGAAUCUCUAUGAGGAAAGUUCAAUGUCUGCAUACAGAUGGAGGAGGUACUAAAUGUUUGGAUGCAGCCAUGACCCAGGAAGGAUCUCUAACAGCCAUCUAAGGAAUGGCCAGUGAAGUUAUCACUAGCCUGUAAAGUAAACACUGCAUUUUCUCUGAAAAGACACUGUUUACAGCAAAAAGCCUGAAGGGAAUGAUUCUACUCACCAGAACAAAUGCAAUAAGCUGUAGUUGUUCUGGUGACUAUAGUGUCCCUUUAACAGUUUUGUGCACGAGCAAAGCAAGAACAUACAUCUAAAAUGUGUUUGUGAAGGUAGGGUUUGCAAUUUGCACCAACCACGAUGUACAUAACACCAGUCUAUUAUACAGUUGAUUGUUGAGAAUUGUCAACCUGUGAUAUAAUUGCAAAGCUGCAAAUCACCAUUUGGUUUGUUAUUAAAUUGUGAAAUUGGCAUUCUGAUCCUGGCUUUAAGUUCAUAACAGUUUAUUUUUUGGGCAGCAUUAUUGGCAGAAAGGGAUUUUUAAAAUGUUGAUCGUGUUGAAGAUGAAUAAAUUAUAUCUGCCAAACUUCAGAAAUCUUUGUCUAAUGAAACCUCAUAAGCUCCAGAUAUCUGCCUGGGGACAUUAUUUCUUGGUCUUCUCAAUGUAACAACAAAGAUUACAUGUAAAUUAUAAAUGAAUAUUCAAAUAUUGUAAAGUAUGUCCUACAUGGAAAAAAAGAUAAAAGAAAACAAGGUAUACCUUAUAUAUGGCAGAAUGCAAGAAAUGUGGUGUCAGAAGUAUGCACCUAACAGGACAUCACAUUGUACAUCAAAUAAGAUAUUUUUUUUCUAAAAGGCUGACCAUAUAAUGCAGGUAAAACAGAACAAAAAGUGACAACUCAUUUAUCUCCAUGCAUCCACUGCUCUAAAUAUUGAGCUUGUGUGGUACAAUUGCCACCAUAUAGUUAGCUGAUGCUACAAGCUGUAGCAAUGCAGGAAAACAGUUGAGAUAAUAUAGAAUACGUUGACAACCCAAAUGAUAAAGCCUGACUCAAAAACUCUAUUGCACUGUUUAUAUUGUCAGUUUGUUUUCAGGGAUACCUUUUCUGUGUAGUGGCUGACGUUCUUUUGUUUGGUUUAUGUGUGUUUUUUGGUGAGUGCUUGUUGUCCCUUUUCUUCACCUAAAUUAGCAAAAAUGGAAAUGGUGAAUUCCUGAUAUUACUCAACAGAAGAAACAUUCUUCGCAGUAAAGGCUGUAUGUAAGAGAUUGUUUACUACCACAGCGCUACAUACUACAGAGCUGGGUGGUUCUUUACAACACCAAUCCUUGUAACAUAAUAAUUGUUUAUACUGUACGUUCCCUUUUAUGACAAGUCUGAGGCAGCAAAAUUACAUUUAUUUUUACAUAUCUUAUAUUUAUAUAAUACUAUACAGAUUUCAAUUUCUUUUAAAACCCCUUUUCUCCUCUUACAGGCAGUUUUCACCUAGAAAACAAAUGAAUUAACAAGUGACUGAGCUUACAAAUCAGAUCUUCAAUCCAUGCCUCUUGUAAUUAACAAAGAAAAUAAGACUAACGCUAACUAUGGGUUCUCAGAGUCUUAGUAAAUGAGUCCUGAUGAAAGGAAACGGGGCUACUGGGAAAUAUCCUCUUUUCUAAGUCACCCAAUCUGCAUAUAUUAAUGUUUCCUAUAGUGACGAGGGGGUCAUGGAUACCCAGCGUAUUUAACUCAAUUCUCUGUUUACAUUGUAUAAAAACAAUGUGUCUAUAUAAAGAGGCUCCAAAAUUAAUGUCUCAACAAUGAAAAAUAAUAUAAGCCUUUCUAGUCUGAUAGCUGGAAAAAGAGUAUGGUCAUAUUGUGGCCUUAAUGAUAUCAUUGCUCAUCUCAAAAUUGUGAUCAGCUCAGUUUACUUCCAGUCAGUCAAUCAUCAUGUACCAACUUAGAAAAUGUUGCAACUUCACUGAACUUAUUCAGUAAUAACACAUUCUAUUCUAGAUGACAGGUUUUUCAGAGUUUCUGCAAUUGUUACUAUCUGCAAGUAAAUCCAGCUACUUAUAAUGCAGGGUAAUGGCAGAUGAUUCUUCUUGAAGAUCGUCUCCUUCAAUUGACUAAUCUGAGUCUUCACACCUUGUUUUAUUGACCUAUAAGCAUAGUGCACCUUUAAGAUUAAAUGAUUGAGAGAAGAUUUACCAUAGAGCGUUUAAUGCCACCGUGCUUAUAACAAUUGUUUAAUUCAUUUACACCUUUGCAUUACAGAAAUCCAGGCACAAGAUGACCCUGUGAAUAAAUGUCCAACCAAUACUAAAGAACUGGAACUAAUUUUGAGCCGAGGGAAAACUAGUAUUUCCAAUAUUAUAAAAGAACGUUUUCCAUUCAUGAAUGGCCUGCAAGACAGAGGAAUUCUAACUGAACUAGAAUUACUAGUAUGUACUAAUACCUGCUCUGCAUUUUUAGAAGCUGUUUUUUAAAAAAUUUUUUAUUAAAACUAGUUGAUGAUAUUCACUAAGUAUAUUUUAUGUACACCUUUAUAAUACUAUGUAAGACACCACUUUGCCCCCAUAAAAGUCUGAAUUCUUCAUGACAAAUAUUUUGAUGUUGGAAUAUGAUGUUGAAGUUAUGAAAGAAUUUAUACCCGUAAGUGUUUUUUUUUAUAGGUUUUAACAAGAAUAUAAUGUUUUAAUGAAAUAUUGUAAUAUUUAGUUGUUAUGAAGGAUAGGUGUCCCACACAGUGAUUGAUUUACAUGCAAUACCCAUUUAGCUAUGAAUACCCACAAGCACACCAGGUUUAUGUGUGUGAUGAAUCUCUGUUGUCCCUCUGUGACACCUAUAAAUGUGUAAUCUGUGAUUUACAAGAACAUAAUUCAAGUUGAUACCUACAUCCAAAAAAGUUUAUUUUUUUUCCUACUGUAGUUACAAGAUCUUGUAUAAUUACUAAUUCUGUAAUUAUUCGGUUAUGCGUGUUUGGCCCACAGGAACUUCAAGCAGAUGAGAGCACUACUACGAAUGUUGUGUAUAAAACUUUGAACCUCAUUGAAAAGAAGAAAAACCUAAUACCAUAUUUCUUUGCCUAUCUGUCUCAAGACAUCUACCUUGAAAAGUAUCCCAAACUGAAGAAUAUUUUUCAAAGUCUCUUACAAAGUAAGUGCUACUAAUUUCUUCUGAGCACCAACAGCCAACCUUUAUUCUUGUAACUGCUUAUACAAAUCACAAAUGGUUGGGUUAUUUGUAGGGUAACGUGCUCUGGUUUGGCAUAACAUAGAAACAUAGAAACAUAGAAUGUGACGGCAGAUACGAACCAUUCGGCCCAUCUAGUCUGCCCAAUUUUCUUAAUACUUUCAUUAGACUAAUAUACUCUGCUUAUGGCAUAUGAAAAGUUUAAAAAAUUAGGUUAGGUUGUGAACAAUGCCAAAAAUGAAAAUAGUGAAAUGUGACACACAGUUUAUAUACCAAAACAUAUUACACAUGUAUACACAUUUCAAAUGUACUAUAAAACCUUCUCCUUACAAACACAUCUUGAAUUUGCACUACUAUUAGAAUUGGUUCUAAUUCACUUGUGAAAAUAGCAAUAAAAAAAAGCUAAUCUAUUGAUGAAGAUUUGUGACUCCUAUGGCAAGCAUGGAAAUGAGGAGACUUAAUUUAAAUGCUCAUCUGCUAAUAUUACCAACCAGACCUCCAAUUAUAAGAGUCCUAUAAUAUAUAGAUCUUCUCAUUACAUUACAAUAUAAGUAACAAUAUACAUAAUUUAAGAUAAUACUAUCAAUUCUCACUUCAUUAAAAAAACAUAUUACACCUAAAAAAGAUGAAAGCUUAAAAAUUAUAUAAUGACAAAAAUCAUAAUCAUGUGACAUUAAAAAGAGGAGACUCCAGACAAUGAAAUGAUUGCUACCUGAAAAUGAAAAGCACAGACCGAAAGAGUCCCACAGGGUGAAACGCGUUUCAGGACGGAGUAUGCGGACAGAUCGUUUUAACAUUUUGUUGCUGUUUGCAAGUUUUAUGGAAGUAUAUAUUUUGCACUUGAUCUGGCCAUGGAAAUCAAUCUGCAUAUUCCUGGUAGAGUAAUACUUAUUAAAGAAGAGAAGUGUUGCCCUAACUGACACUAGGUUUGCUGUACCUAAGCUGGGUUAACAGGCUUUAUCCAACGUGAGCUAUUAAGCUUAACAUUGAGAGGCUGUUUAUUCUUAAAAUCUACCACACAAGUGUUUUUUUUUUUUUAAAUCUGUGUACUCUUGCAGGAAAAACUUAAAGAAAUGAAGAAAGAGGUAGUGUGCCGCCUUAAAGGCACAGACGCAUUUGUGAUUAGAGCCACACUGUGCACAGUACAGUACUCACAGUAUAUUUUGCUUUAUCACUUCAAUAUUUCACUAUCAUUUCUAUUUUGUUUAUUGUGUUUUAUAUGAGGACACGAAACCCCAAGUGAAACAGGGGUUUGUUUUUUGCAACAUUUUGAGCUCUUCACUCAAAUAUUUAUUUGGAGUUAGGGUUACACCACAUAUUUGUACACUAUUAAAUUUGUUUUGACUGCUGACAAAUUUUCAUUAAGCACCCAAACACACAUGCACCAUUUCCCCCUUUUUUCCCCUUUUUUGUAAAUUCAUGUUUUUGUUUUGUACUUUCACAGAUGAAACUACGGCACAGAGGUUGGGAAAUAGAAUCAGUAAGGAGCCAGAUUUCGAUGAGUCAGGAGUAAAAGAUAUAUUACCAGGAAUGGGAGAAGGUCAGGAUUACAGAGGUAUGGAAAUAUGAAUAAACUAGCUAAGGUCAGGAACAGAGAACAAUACAGAAUCAAUAACUAGCAACGGUCAAAAUCAGAAAAAAUAUAAAUAUAUAUAGACCCUGGCUAGUUAUUGACGCUGUAUAUAUAUGUACAUACACGCAUACACCAACCAAUUAAUGACAGAUAUGUAGAGGAGAGGUAAUUAAACACAUUUGGGUAGUUUGAGUACACUCGCUCUCAAGGUUUUUUGACAGAGAGGAAAUAAAAUCAGAUAUGAGGAAGUUGAGAACAUUAUAUCCUUCAUAAGAUGAGAAAGGUUGCUAAACACAGAACAUUCCUACGUUGAGGGAUUAAAAAUGCUUCUUUUCACAGCAAGCAGUUGCCAAGGCCCAUCUAUAAAAUAUAUAUAUCCGUUGAUACUUACUGUAAAAAAGGAAAUCUAUAUUAUCUGUUUUUUAAAUCUACAGAGACAACCCCUGCACAGAGGUUGGGAAACAAAAUCAGCAAGCAGCCAGAUAUCUAUGAAUCAGAAGAUGUUAGUAAUGAGUAUGCUCAUUCAACUUCAAAUCUAGGUAUGUAGUACUUAUUUUCACAAGAUAGUUGCAAUACAAUGCACAAUUUUGACUCAGGCGACAAAUAUUUGUGAACACAGAAUUAGUCGUGCUUCCUGCUGAUUCAGAUCUAUGCAUGCACCAACUCGCAUCAAUACUGGAUAACUUAGCUUUCACAGAUGAACAACUCCUCUAUGGAUAGACCUGUCAAAAGGUCUUUGCAAGGAUUUAUAGUUACACAGAUGAAGUUGCAUUUUGCCACCCCCUAAUAUGCUUCUUCACCUGUGUAGCCCUGUGUGACUCGUGUGUAGCCUGUUUUGUGUACUUUACCCCCUUCAUGUGUCUCUUUUCCCCUUUUGUAUAUUGUAUUCCCUUUGUCAUUUUUAUUCCUACUAUUGCAUCUUUAUGCCCCUUUUGUGUUCUCCUACUGACUCUUGUGUCUCUUAUCUACCCUUUUGAAUUUCCUAACCACCUUUAGUGUGUCAUAUCACCAAUUUUGUCCCCCUCCUGUCUUAUAAACCUCCUGUUGUGUUUCAUAACCCCCUUUUUGUGUCUCUUACCUCCUGUGUCUCAUACUCCUUCCCUUUUGUAUCCCUUAUCCUCCUGUGUAUUUUACCCUUUCUAGGUUUCUUAACCACAAGUGUCUAACCCCCUUACUCCUAUGCCUUGUUGUCAGGGCUGGCUAAAGAAAAGCAGGGGUAGAAAGUGAUGAAACAAGAGUUCAGAUGUCACUAGAUCAAGCCAGAGGAGUGUUUCCUGACACUACCCCCACCUAAAGGAACACCCAUUGGGUCUUGUCAGGAAAGCUAUUGUGAAAUCUUUUGACUAAGAAGGGGGCAUGGACAUCCUGUUCAGGAGUCCAAGAUCUCUCCUCUGGUCCAUACCUAUUCCAGUGUACACUGUUCAAAAAAAUAAAGGGAACACAAAAAUAACACAUCCUAGAUUUGAAUGAAUUAAAUAUUCUUCUGAAAUACUUUGUUCUUUACAUAGUUGAAUGUGCUGACAACAAAUCACACAAAAAUUUAAAAAUGGAAAUCAAAUUUUUCAACCCAUGGAGGUCUGGAUUUGAAGUCACACAUUAAAAAUUAAAGUGGAAAAACACACUAUAGGCUGAUCCAACUUUGAUGUAAUGUCCUUAAAACAAGUCAAAAUGAGGCUCAGUAAUGUGUGUGGCCUCCACGUGCCUGUAUGACCUCACUACAAGGCCUGUGCAUGCUCCUGAUGAGGUGGUGGAUGGUCUCCUGAGGGAUCUCCUCCCAGACCUGGACUAAAGCAUCUGCCAACUCCUGGACAGUCUGUGGUGCAACGUGACGUUGGUGGAUGCAGCGAGACAUGAUGUCCCAGAUGUGCUCAAUUGGAUUGGUAUUGAACUUAUUGCAAACCAAGGCUUUAACAGGUGAGAAAUGAAAGUUUUGGGAAUGCUGAGGUUCCUAGGCAGAGCUAAGGUAUAGUCCACUAGUUUGACCCACCUGAUGAUGCAGUGCAGGCCAGCAUAUCUGGAUGCCAGUUUGGGAGUGGCAACACAGUUAAUGUUCCAGUGUACAACCAGACUGUCUUCAACCUGUCACAAAACUGCUGCCCUGUGCCUAUAGUAAGCAUAUCUAUUUUGGAGCAGUACUGAACAGCCCAGGUUGUCCUUAACUUUGGUCCAAAGGUAACAGAGUCCAACCAGGUGCAUGUCCAAAGCAGGGAUUCCAGACACAGAUCAUCCAGCAGAAAGAACUGUAGGGUGAAAGACCUGAUUCACCAAAAAAGGACUGCGUGAUUAGCAUUACUCCUGGCAUUCUCGGCUCAAAGUAGAAAGUUGGAACAUUUGUUUUGGUUUUCUGAGACAAAACAAUGGAGGUACUGCUCCAGAGACUGGUUAGACCUAUUGGUAGCACCAUUGGUGUGGAGAUGAUAGACAGAGGAAAACGAGAGCCUGAUGCCCAUCUCAUCACAAAAGAUCCUCCAAACUGAGAGAUAAACUGGUUCCCCCUGUUGGAGACAACCUCAUAGGGCAACCAGCAGAGCCUACCCACUUCCUUGGCAAACACAUUGGCAAGCUUGGCAGCAGAUGGCAACUUGAGGAGCGGAAUAAAGUGCACCAUUUUGGAAAACCUGUUGGCAACCAUAAGGAUGGUAGUAAAACCCUUGGAUGGAGGCAGGUCUUACUUAUUAUGUAACUAUUCAGUUAUGCCUGUUUGUACUACAUGAACUCCAAGCAGAUGAGAGAACUACAGUGUAUGUUGUGCAUAAAACUUUAAACCUCUUCAAAAGGAAGAAACACCUAAUACAAUAUUUAUUUGCCUAUCUGUCUCAAGACAUUUACCUGGAAAAGUUUCCCAAACUGAAGAAUAUUUAACAAAGUCUCUUACAAACUAAGUGCUACUAAUUGCUUCUGAGCACUGACAGCCAACUUACAUUAUUGUAGCUGCUUAUACAACUCUUCAAAUGGUUGGGUAAAAUUGAAGGUUGACUUGCUUUGGUUUGGCAUAAGGCUGAUAUAUUCUGGUUAUGGCACAUGGAGAAGAAGAAAAGUUUUAAAAAAACUUGAAGGUUGGAUUGUGAACAAUGCCAAAAAUGAACAUAGAAAAAAGGGACACACUUUUUUGUUUAAGACAUAUUACAAAUGAAUUCAUGUUUCAAAGAAACUCAGCUGCUAGGUGCUGUAACAACUUCUUAAAAACAUCUUUAAUUUGCACUACUAUAAGGAAUUGGUUCUAAUUCACUUGUGUGUUUUUAAUUUGCACACUACUAUUAGGAAUUGGAAAUAAUUCAUUUGUGAAAAUAGCAAUAAAAAAAGCUAAUCUAUUGCUAAAGAUUUGUAACUAGUUUAUUAGAUAUAUUUUAAAAAUUUAUUGUUUAUUUGAUAAUUAAUAAGGACAAGUUAGCACAAGUAAAAUAUUGCCUUUUGAAAAGCUUUAUUUAAAGUGAAUCAUUAAAAUAUUAAAUAAUAUAAGUGGCAUAAUAUAUAAUGUUGAAAUUCCUGAUAUAUACGGUUUAAAUUGCUUUGGAAAAUUUGGGCAACCCUUCAGUCCAAAGCAUCCCUUAUUAAUAAGAAGAUUGUGGCUAAUAUUUCUGCAUGUUAUUAAACCUUUGUUAUAGAUAUGAGCACGGUCCUCACAAGUAUUAAAAUUAGGAUUUUUUAUUCAAAUGAUCAUCUGCUAAUACUAUCCACUAAAAUCUGAAUUAUAGGAGUCCUAUAAUAUAUAGAUAUUCUCAAUCAAUUACAAUAUAAGUAAUACGAUAUAUGAUUUACAAUAUACAAUUUUUUACAAUCAAAUUUUCACUUCAUCACAAGACCAUAUUAACCCUAACAACAUGAAAGCUUAAAAAUAAUAAAAAUUAUAUAAUAACAAUAAUCAGAACAACAUGACACUAAAAUGAGGGGAAUCCCCAUAAGGUGAAACGCGUCUCAGGACAAAGUAUGUGGACAGGUCGUUUUAACAUAUUGUUGCUGUAUGCAAAUUUUAAUGAAGUAUAUAUUUUGCACUUGAUCUGACGUGUGAAAAUCCAUCUCCAUAUUCCUGGGAGAGCAAUACUUAUUAAAGAAGGGAGGUGUCACCCUAAUUGAUGUUAAGCUGGCUGUGCCUGGAGCCGGGUUAACACAAGCUUCAUUUAAGGUGAGCUAAUAAGCUUAAAAUUGAGAGGCUGUUUAUUCCUAAAAUCUACUACACAAAUGUUAUUUUUGUUUGUCAUGGAGAAAAAAAGUUAAAGAAAUGAGCAAAGAGGUGGUGUGACAUGUCAUGAUUCCCUUUUAUUCCAGAUGUUUGGUCCUUAAGGGGUUAAAGGCACUGAAGUAUUUGUGAUUAGAGCCAAACAAUACACAGUUUAAUACUCAUAGUAUAUGUUAUUUUAUCACUUUGAUAUUUCACUAUGAUUUGUAUUUGUAUACUCAAAGCUUAAAAAUAUUUUUUAUUAUUUUUAAGCUUUCAUGUUGUUAGGGUUACUAUGGUCUUGUGAUGAAGUGAAAAUUUGAUUGUAAAAAAUUGUAUAUUGUAUAUUGUAAAUCAUAUAUCGUAUUACUUAUAUUGUAAUUGAUUGAGAAUAUCUAUAUAUUAUAGGACUCCUAUAAUUCAGAUUUUAGUGGAUAGUAUUAGCAGAUGAUCAUUUGAAUAAAAAAAUCCUAAUAUUAAUACUUGUGAGGACCGUGCUCAUAUCUAUAACAAAGGUUUGGAGUUCGGGUUACACCAAAUAUUUUGUACACUAUUACAUCUGUUUUGACUACCGACACAUUUUCAUUAAGCGUGAACUCAUGCACCAUUUCCACUUUUUUAUUUUUUUUGUAAAUCCAUGUUUCUGUUUGUAAUUCUACAGAUGAUACCACUGCACAGAGGUUGGGAAAUGGAAUCAGUAAGGUGCCAGAUAUCAAUGAGUCAGGAGUAGAAGGUGCACUACCAGGAAUAGACCAAGGUCAGGAUUACAGAGGUAAGGAAAUAUGA